CCCGCCCCGCCCCCGCCGGGACCCGCCCCCUGCGCCCGUCCGGGCGGGGCUCCGGGUUUAAACGUCGCGGCGGGCAGGGCCGGCGGAGGGGCGGGGCGGCCUCUGUGUCGUGUCCCGGGUCCCGUAGGCGGCGGGCAGCGCGCAGCGGCUGGCGCUUGAGGCGGCAGGCGGCAUCAUGUCCCCGGGGAGCGGGGUGAAGAGCGAGUACAUGAAGCGCUACCAGGAGCCGCGCUGGGACGAGUACGGGCCGUGCUACCGCGAGCUGCUGCACUACCGCCUGGGCCGCCGGCUGCUGGAGCAGGCGCACGCGCCCUGGCUCUGGGACGACUGGGGCCCGGCCGGCUCCUCGGAGGACUCGGCGUCGUCGGAGUCGUCGGGCGCCGGGGCCCCUGCGCCCCGGUGCGCUCCGCCCUCGCCCCCGCCGCCCGCGGAGCCCGCGGCCCAGGAGGAGGCGGAACGGCGGGCGCGCGGGGCCCCGGAGGAGCAGGGCGCGGAGGCCGGGGGCGCGGAGGCCGAGGACGCGGAGGACGCAGCUCUGCCAGCACUGCCAGGAAAAGAUAUAGAAGAGAAACCUGAACAACCAACCAGAACAAGAGAGACUGACAAAUCACCAGCCAGGACGGAGCCUCGACAGCAGCCAAGUGCCUUAUUUGCUAGAGGAAACAGGAAAGCAGUCAAAAGUCCCCAAAGAUCAUCAAGUAAAAUAAAAGAAAAGCAUCCAUUUGCUCUUUAUGGCUGGGGAGAAAAACAGACGGAUACAGGAAGCCAGAAGACUCACAACGUCUGCGCAUCCGCCCCUGUGCACGAGAUUCAUGAGUCAGCAUUACGAGCCAAGAACAGAAGACAGGUGGAAAAAAGGAAACUGGUUGCCCAGCGGCAGCGUGCCCACUCUGUGGAUGUAGAGAAGAACAGAAGGAUGAAGGCUUCCUCCUCAGAGAACCCGUGGAUGACAGAAUACAUGAGGUGCUAUUCAGCGAGAGCUUAAAGAAACAUUUAUGUGGACAGCCUCUUUUAGAAAGUGUCAGUGACCAAAAGGAAAAACAAAACAAAAACCAUCAAAAGAAACUGGACACAGGUUUAAGAAACCAACUGAUUAUGCAAGGUUUUUUUUUAGGGAAUUUGUAAAAGACUGUUUUAUUUUGAUGAAUAUUGGUCACCUACCUCGGCAGUAGGGCAGACAGUUGAAGCCAUAGACAUUUGGUUAUUCAUGAAGAUUCCCUAAAUCUUUGAUAUUCUUAUAAGGGUUUUGUUUUAAAGCAUCUUAGUCUUUUAAGAUUCUGACACCAAAUGCCUUUAAAUGGCGACGGAUGCUUACACUUCAAUAUUCUUUUCAUAAGUUUAGGUAGAGCCUAUUUUCAUCUUGUUCUAAAUAACUUUCCAGAUUCCGUAGCUAUAAGACCAUUCCAUCCUACAAUGUAAGACUCGUUUUCCUUAUGUGCUGUUUUCUUUGUGAAAGAAUAUCAAGUCAAAAAUGAGUGUCAACACUACUAUUGAUUCCAUGUAUAAUGAAACUAGAGCUUUGCUAGUUCCUGAAAAAUUUAAACUUGUUUGUAUUUCAGUUCAGCAGCAUCUUCCUGUAGAUUGUGACAUUUAAGAAUUAUCUGGGCUGGGCGAGGGUCUCUUUUUCUCUUUCAAUGAGCAUCUAGGCACUUACUGUUUAAUAGUUUAAUAGCUCAAAUACAUUCCAAUAGAUGAAGUGCACACAACACAAUAUGUGUGUAUGGUAGUAGUGAAGUUUCUUUUGAGUCAAAGACUCACUUUUUUAUUGCAAGCUUUUUUUUUUUUUUUUUUUUAAUAGAACACAUACUGUGGAUUCAGUCCCUCGUCACACUUGAUCUUUUGGCAUACACCUGCUGUGGACUUUUGCCUCUUCUAUAAUAGCUGGCAAUGACAUUUCGAACUUACAGUGUGGAACUGCAUUUAGUACUCGGCACUGCUUGUUCCACUGGGAUGGGGACCGGUGUUAAGAUGCCUGUUAGACAGACUGCCCACCCCGACUAUCUCUACUUUUUCUUUACAGCACUUAACAGUAACAAAGUAUUGAUGAUGUACAGUGUUCAAACUUUAGGUUGAAAUACAUUACUCUUUGAUUCCUAGCUAGUAGCUCUUAUCUGCACUUUAAUGGGAGAGAAUGGUGGUGUGUGCAUAAGCACAAAUUUAUGUAAAUAGUGCUCCUUCUCUUGAGUAUAUUUACUUUGGGAUAGAAAAAUGAUUUUAAAAAACACUGGUUUCCAUCAAAUGGAUGACAUCCUCUCCAUCCUGUGGAGAUAGGAAUCUACUAGAAGGACGUGUGCUAAAUUGCUUACAAGAGAUAAGAAAGGUGCUUUGCCUAUGCCAGCUUGGCACCUGAAGAUGUGUGAGUGGACGUGAGGCUGAACAUUACCUUGAUAUUUUUCUCUGGGUCUUUGGAAGACCAUAGUCAAUUUUUAGAACAGAUUGGUUUCAUUCCCUAUAAAAUCUUCACAUGUGAUCAUAACUGUUUAAGCUUUGAAAACACAUACUGAAGUAUUGUGAGCUUUAAAAAAACUUUUUAAAUAUUUGCAUAGUUUUAAGGUGAAUUUGUUUCCUUAGAGAGCUCUCCUAAUGAGUUGUAUAUUUCAAAAGAGGAAAUUUUACAUGUUGUCCAAAACAACCUUGCUAGUAAUCGGUGAAUUUUGGUAUUAACUAUUAUUAAAGUCUUUAAAUGACACAGGUACCUAAAGAUCACCUUAACGUGUGGUGUAGUUAGCUGAUUGUGAAAACUGUUCCUUUGAAGUCACUUCUUGCAUGUCUGGUGUUAGCCAUCCAGCUCAGGCUUGUGUCGCGGCUGACAAUCUAGAAAAGAUGGCCUUGGAGAGUGCUUCAGGUCCCACACUGACGGAAUGCCUUAGAAACCCGACUUCCUCUAGAUUUGAACACCCAGACGUUUCUCUUGUUUAGAAAACACUUGUAUUUAAUGUACUUACUACUUAAAACUCCAGACAGAGGUAAGACCUAGAAGGCAAAUAUUGGCCAAUUUUUUCUUUUUAGGUGAAAGACAAAUGAACGAGAUUAAAUUUAAAGUACUUUUAAAGUGCAUACUGAUUAAUUCUGAAUUAAUCAGUAUGAAUUGAAAGCCUUCAUCUUAUGUCCAAGUCCUUAGUUGGUUAGGGUUUCUUUUCCUCCUUUCUUAAAGAGUGACAAUUACCUUUUGAACCUGUGAAAAUUUUAAGAGUUGAUACAAUUUGAUGGUCUCCUUCUUUCUUUUCAUUCUAGAAAUGAAUAUGGUUGUAAUCGUGUUUCUAAUUCUUGGGACAACCUGCAAGACAGUGAGAUAGUUUAAAAAUUAACCUUUCAUGUUGAAAAAGUCUGAAACCGAGAAUCCAGUGACACUUAAAUGCUACAUAAAACUCUUUUAAAAUUUUUGAUUUCAAGUUCUUAAUUAAAACAAUUUGUCAUAAAU